AUGCCACGGAUUGCUGCUAACAAGAAGAGCAAGCAUGUGUUAGAAAAGAGAGACGUUUUCGGAAGAAAUAUAGGGUAUUUGCGAAGUUGUUUGCCGGAAUUGACUCAUUUUGAUUCCGUUAAUCUUUAUUCACACGACCUAGAGAGUGGUUAUUCACCUUUACAUGUUACUUUACAGAGAGGUUACUUGAGGAAGAGUUUUUUAUUAUACAAAAGAUGGAAGGAUGAGAUAGAGUUUCUUUCGCACAAGUUUGGUGGCCACGUAUUCAAUCAGUUGGAUCGUGAAGGUCUGACUCCAUUGGAAUUGUACUCUAUGAGGUUCUCGAAACGUGAUAGGAGGUUUCCGCAUUAUAUUCGUUAUCAAAGUGAUUUGACGCCUUCAGCGACGUGGAGCAAGGAUCCAGCAGAUAUUUCUGAGGACCUGAGGUUUGCGUUCAUGGAAUUGCCGAUGGAUGAAGCUGCACAGAAUUGUAUCAAACAGCGAGGUGGGUCACAUUUGCUUACUUGGGGCUCAAACGUGAACUAUCAACUAGGCACUGGUAACAAAGAUGACCGACAGAACAUGUUUCAGCUCGCGAUCGAUCAGUUGAACAAGACAGAUACUCUCGAACUGACGGCUUCGAGGUUCAAGAAGAUACUUAUAACACGAUAUCACUCUAUUAUAGUGACUACCGAGAACAAAGUUUAUACGUGUGGGAACAGCUCGCGUGGGAGACUAGGGAAUGGAGUCGCCGAUGUACCGCAACCGAAGUUCGCUGAGAUCUUAGAUCUUAAAGACACAGAAAUUAUGAUGUUUAAGACUAGUAAUCAUCAUACGUUAUUAUUGACAGAUAAGUCAGAUGUAUACAGUUGGGGAUGGAAUGGGUAUGGCCAGCUUGGUUACUCAACGAAUAGCAAGAACACUGACCUGGACAAAGUUUUUGGCUCUGUACCGAAAAAGAUCUCAUUUUUGGAAGGAGAAGAAGUGGUUAAUAUCUCCUGCUCAAAGAUACAUUCGUGCGCUGUCAGUGCGAAUGGUAAACUUUUCAUGUGGGGACUGAAUGUCGGUCAACUUGGUGGCUUCAAGCCAGUACACAAGACUCCAGAUUCAAUUUAUCAAAACCAAGAUGCGUACGUCACUAAUACUCCAGUCAUAACCAAUAUUGCAAAUUCACCAGUUGAGCAGGUUGUAUGCACAGAUUUUGCCACUUUUGUGCGAUUGCAAGGUAAUAUUUUGCAAGUGUAUACCAACUAUACCGUGAGAUCCUUUAAAAUUCCAAUGGCAAAGGCAAAAUCAAAUAAGGAUGUGGACGCGUUCGCACAUUUUACGCCUAGGGAGAUUCCAAGUAAGGUGGUUGACAUGCAAUGUACCAACACAUUUGGUAACAACCUUACUUUCAAGUACGACUGUGGAAGGAUUGGCAUAGUUACGGUCAAAGAGGAGUCCCAAAACAUGUGGACGAAGUUGCCUAAUAUACUACCCGUCACUCUUUAUUGGUCACCAAAAUUUGAAAAUAGAAAGUGUAUGGAUUUCGCAAUUAGUUCCAAAGGUAGUUUGAUCAUUUGCACUGCUGGUGGUGAAGUGUUUACUACGAGCGGCUCGAAUAACUCUUUUGAGAAGGUGCAUAGUAGCCGAUUGAUCACGGGAAGGGCCAUUUCAGUUGCAUGCGAGCCUUCUUUCGUUUCCUUUGCGAUCUUGAAAGAUGAGACCAGUAAAGUACCUACCUUGUACCCAAAGGAUAGGUUGCUCUACGAUUUUUCACGUUAUUCUCCCAAAUACGGGGCCCGGCAAGAUAUACACACUCGAAUUACUUAUGGAUUUCCAGAAUUCUCAAUGAGUGACUACAUGACGGAUAACGACUUCCUGUAUACAUCAUUCGAUGAUACUGAUACCAGAAAGAAAAAGAGAAGAGGAUUUUACUUGGCUGAUUUUGAGAAGAAGCGUACUGUUGCAGUGAAUCAAGAUGGCGAAAAAGCAUCCAUGGAUUUCAAUAUCAAGAAGGACUUUGACUUUAAGUUUCGCGAUGACAAAACUAAUGAGGAUAUUUGUCAGUUUCAUAAACUCCUUCUCCGCUCCAUAGCUCCCUGGAUUGUCAAGAGCAUGAUACCAUGGUAUGAUCGCUCUCUCAGUUUUGAGAAGUUUUUAGAGUUUUCCUGGGGGGACUGCGAUUAUUUCCAAGGCUACUGGGCGUGGGCUGUUAAAAGCGCUGAGUUUGAUAGUGGUGUUUUAGCAGCAACUCUGAAGGAAGUCGUUCACUACUUUUACACUGACGAAAAGCCUGUAAGUGCUCGAGCGUCGAAACUCCUUCUAAAACUUCUGGACAGUUCGUAUCAUACGUCAAGCCUUCCACAUACCCUUCGUGAGCUUCUACAAGAUCACAAUGUCAGACGACUGCCACCUCGUUCAUUAAAUUCUUUCAUCAAUCCGGAGUUAAGUCCCGAAGAGUUGGCAUCGAAAAACAAUGUAGAAGAGACCUACGCAAAGUUGAGUGAGCCUGAUGUUGAACUGAAGCUCACCGAUGGGAUACUUUACGGCCAUUCACUGGUUCUGAGGGUCAGAUCUUCAUUUUUUGAAAUACUUCUUUUACAGCUUUCGAGCCAUCAUGGCAGCUCGAUAGACCUGCGAAAUUUUGAACAUGCCAGUGUGGAAAACGUUAGUUGUGUACUAAGGUACAUGUAUGGAUUACCAUACAAUGAAAUUUACAGUUUGAUUCGCAAAGAUCACUUUACUGAAAAGAUCCAAUUUUAUCUUGAUAUGUUGCAGCUUUGCGAUCAGUUAAACUUGGAUUAUCUGAAAAACUAUACGGAAAGCUUGACUAUGGAUUUUAUCAAUGGAGAAACAGUCGUGCCGAUUCUCAUCAAUGCCAGCUAUUCCAAUAGCCGAUUGCUAGCUCAGCAAUGCUGCUGGUUCAUAUGUCUACAUAUUGGAUUGUUAUUCUCGAAAGAGAACCUAGAGUUGAUUGACGAUCAUUUCGAUUCUCACAUUUGGCAACAAUUAGAGGAUACCCUCAAAGAGAUGUGCUUUGAAGUUAAUCAACAGGAAGAUAACUCGUGGUAUACAAUUCCAGAUGUCAACUGGUUGGAAUUAUUUCAAACCAACCUACAUGCCUAUAAUGAACGGUUCAUGGACUCCAAGAGAUCUUUUGCUCCAGUUAUCGAACUCAAGACAUCAACAAGUGAAAACAAAUCCGCAAAUCGAAGAAGAUCAUCAAAUCAAACUGCGACCAAAAGCCGCAAGCCAUCAUUUGUUAAUAACAUGAAAGUGCCUUUCGUAGUGGAGGAGAAGAUUUCUUGGAGAGGCGCUGUCAGUGCUGGAGACACCACUGCGAUAGACGAUAACGAAGAAUUCACCGAGGUGGUGAAGAAAAGUAAGCGCAGAACAUCCUCGCAUUCGCAGUUGCAAACGAAUCGCACUCAGAGUCCUCCUUCUGCCCAAACUUCCGGUAAGGUAGUUAUCCACGCCAGUAAAGAGAAAGAUAGUGAAAGUCUACCCUCCUUGCUAUCUCAGGCUGAAACUUCUUUGAAUGAGCAGUCGGAGGGCGAAACAGCGGCCACCAAGAUCAAAAGGUCAUUCAAAAAGGGCUCACAGAAGCAAAGAGUAGGGCAGUUAUCUGCUGAAGAUUUAAACACACAAGACGAUACGAAGAAAACCACAUGGGGCAAUAGACCUGCAAAGGCUUCAAGAAAUAGCUUUUCGAGUGGUAACUCCGUUAAUCAUAGAAAACAAUCACUGCCUUCUCUUUAUGAUAGUAAUCCCGCCCCAGCUGCAGGAAAGAAGAGGGAAAAAAUUCCUGUACUGAGCGUCGGACCCAGUGCAUCGAGCGAAGUUAGAACCCAUGGUACCUGGGGAAUGGCCGCACCAUACAUUCCAAUGAGUGAAGAUAUUUCAGAUGCCAUGACAUCUCAAAAGAAACCCACCUUGGAAGAAAGAGUCGCCGCUAAGGAGUUCGAGAGAUGGUUCGAGCAUGAAAGUGCCAAAGUACAAAAGCAGCUGAACAAGGACAACAAGACGGUCAAGGAUGGGUUCAAAGCUGUAUAUAAGGCUUCAGAAGGUAUGCCUGAGUUCCUCACGGACGAAACUUCUUCGAACAAGAAGAACGGGAAAAAACCCAGAUUCAAGUUUCAAAGUAAACACAAGACUAAAAACGACGGCGCAGAUACCGUCCUCUGGUAA